AUGGGCUAUCCUCCGUAUGCCACUGGGGACCACAAGGAAAAUGCCCUUGACAACGAGUCUUACGCCGAGGUCAUUGAAGGCCAGGCCGAGACUACGCACAGAGGUCUCAAGUCGCGUCAUGCUCAAAUGAUUGCUUUGGGCGGCACUAUCGGCACCGGUCUUUUUGUCGGAGCUGGUCAGACAUUGGCAAGAGGCGGACCGGCAUUCAUCCUGGGCUGCUACAUCUUCAUCGCUUUCCUGAUCUGGUGCGUCGUCACAGCCAUCGUCGAGGUCGCCGCAUACCUUCCCACGCCGGGCAGUUCCAUGAACCUUUUCGCCGACCGCUACGUCUCCAAGUCUCUCGGUUUCGCGCUUGGAUGGCUCUACUUCUACUCCCUGGGUAUAUUAGUUCCUUACGAGAUUACUGCGGCUGGCUUGGUUAUCGAGUACUGGCAGCCACCGGUCAACAUCGCCGUAUGGAUCUCCAUCAUGUUGGUUGUCAUUGUCGCCCUGAACGCACUCCCGGUCCAAUUCUACGGAGAAGCCGAGUUCUGGUUCGCUUCUACCAAAGUCAUCAUGGUCCUUGGGCUGCUGAUGGUCUCCGUCAUUCUGUUCUUUGGCGGUGGCCCUUCGCAUGACCGUCUUGGCUUCCGCUACUGGGAACACCCCGGCGCUGCAAAGGAGUACCUAGCAACCGGCGAUCUUGGCCGCUUCCUCGCUCUGCUUUCUACGCUGGUUAUGGCAUCCUUCCCCUUCGCCUUCGCCCCGGAGAUGCUCAUUGUCACUGGUGGUGAGAUGCAAAACCCGCGUCGUAACUUGCCUAUUGCCGGCCGUCGCUACAUCUGGCGUCUGCUCAUUUUCUACGUCUGCUGCGUUCUGGCCAUUGGCGUUAUUGUCCCCAGUGACGACAAGCGCCUCACCAACGGUGGUGCAGGCGCAGGAUCUUCCCCCUUCGUCCUUGGCAUGAAGAACAACGGAAUUCCCAUCCUCGACUCGAUCGUCAACGGCGGUAUCAUCAUUUCUGCCUGGUCUUCUGGCAACUCGUUCCUCUACUUGUCCUCUCGGUCUCUGUACGCGCUCUCGCUCCAGGGCUCCGCGCCCUCCUUCUUCAAGGCCUGCACGAAGCACGGUGUGCCGUACCGUGCAGUUGCCGCCAGCAGUUUGUUCUGCUUCCUCGCGUACUUGAACGUCGGCAGCUCCGCUUCCGUCGUUUUCAACUGGUUCAUCAACCUCACCAACACGUCCAGCUUCAUCUCCUGGAUUUCUUGCGGCUUCAUCUACCUCCGCUUCCGCAAGAGUUGCCAGGUCCAGGGCGUGACCAACGCCGAUCUCCCCUACCAUGCCUGGAUCCAGCCCUACGGUACGUACAUCCAGAUGGCGGGAUUCACGUUCCUCCUCCUCAUCAACGGCUUCUCAGUCUUUUGGCCGCAGAACUGGUCGGCCAGCAGCUUCCUGACGGCCUACGUGGGCCUGCCCAUCUUCUUGUGCAUCUACUUCGGCCACAGGCUCUACACUCUUAGGGACAGCUGGGUGCGGAAGCCCGAGGACGUGGACCUCUACACUGGCUUGGACCAGAUUUUGGCCGAGGAGAAGCCGCCCAAGGUGCAUCACAGCAAGUGGAUGCGGGCGUUGACAUGCCUUUGGGAGUAA